AUGGCGACUCCACAAAGACUGCUCCGCUCUCCAGAACCCUCGACCGCGUGCUCUCCGACCUCCACUCCCUCCUUCGCUCCACGCUCGCCGCGUCACUGCGCUCCACAUCACCAUGGCAACGAUGCUACUGUCAGGUACAAUCAAUUGUUAUUUGAGGACAAGACGCCGAACAGAAUGAUGGAGACCAAGGAGCUGUUUGACUGGGUGUUAAGGCAAAGAUGUUUGGAGAAAACAUCAUUCAUGCUGUUCCUCAACAAAUUCGACAUAUUCGAGAGGAAAAUACAAAAGGUCCCGUUGACCAUGUGCGAGUGGUUUAAAGACUAUGAGCCGAUUGCGCCUGGCAAAGGGAUGUGGAACAUGCCUACGAGUGAGUGCUUGCACCCCUGCCAUUGUUACCACAUCAGAAAUUUGUUUGUGAAGAAGUUUGUGGAGGUCUACUUCAAGAGCAGCAAGCACGACCGUGUUGACCGGGUGUUCAAGAUCUAUAAAAUGAUGGCGUUGGACCGGAAACUUUUAAAGAAAACGUUCAGGCUGAUCGACGAGAGCAUGAGACGCUCAAAGGAGGGAAACGGGAGUGUGAUUGAUCAUUCUGUGCUUAAAUUUGAGUGGAACUUUUCUCACUAA